GCCAAAAAAAAUCUAGUUUGCGUUGUCGGUUGUUAAAUGUAACAAAAUCUAGAAUUCAACAAUUAUUCCUUUUAUGUACGAAAGCUAACAAGUAAUUCAUUCGUGUUCUCAAAUUGGAUCAUGUUUCAAUUAAUAGUUUUAUAGAAACUGUUAAAGAGAGGUUAAGUGUCAACAAAACGGCGCCGUUUAGACGGCAAAACACUUACGUUUUUCAGUUUUGGCAUCAUAUUUCUAAAUGAAUAGUGAAAAGAGAAAUGCCCGGGGCCGUGGCCGAGGUAGAGGCCGCGGCCGGGGUCGCGGAAGAGGCCGUGGUCGCGGCAAGAAAGUGCCGAAGGUGAUGUCUUCUGAUGAAGAAGAGUGUUCUGUUGAAGAAAGUUCACAAGACCAGGAGGAGUCUUUAACUACUGAAGAGGCAAAAGAAGAGGUUGAACUAGCCGAACCCCCCAAACUGGAAGUCCCUUCUGACAUAUCACAACUAGAAGCCCCAGUAUUCACAACGCUGCAGCGUGGCCCGCCGGAGCCCAUGCUACGUUUGGACUGGGACCACCGUGCAGCACUCAUUGGGGAAAAAGUCCUGAACCCCAUGAUAUACUGUUGUGAUAUCUGCUCAAAGCCUAUACUUAUUUAUGGUAGAAUGAUACCAUGCAAACACGUGUUUUGCCUUUCUUGCGCGCGAGCAGACCACACACACUGUCCACGGUGUAGGGAAAAGGUUCUGCGCGUGGAGCAGACAGGCCUCGGCACGGUGUUCAUGUGCACGCACUCGGGCACCCGGUACGGGAACACGGGCUGCCGGCGGACAUACCUCUCUCAGAGGGACCUGCAGGCGCACAUCAACCACCGGCACGUGUCUGGCGCCGAGCCGCACGCCGCCGCCGCCGAGCCCGCCGCCGUCGCCAUCGUCAAACCCAUCUCGGUCGGAAGCGGGGUUGGGGUGUCUAACGACCCCCGGCACGCGGUGUCGACGCGGCGGAAUCUCAUCACGGUGCCAAUUCAGGAUCCGGACCCUAAUUAUUACAAUUAUUAUCAGCAACCGGUGGCCCCGGUAGUGGCGAGCGUGGGUACGAGCGGCGUGGCGGCGGCGGGCGGCGUGCUGGCGCACAGCAUGAGCGUGCCGCCGCCGCAGUACUACGCACCCGGUGCCUACCCGCCCUCCUACACGCAACCGCAGCCAGGCGGCAGCCUGGCCCCGGCGGCGACGCCCGCGGCGGCGGCCGAGCGCUGGCCCGACGGCUACGCGCCCGCCUGGCCGCCGCACUACUACCGGUAGCCUGGCUUCAGUUCAUGUUUUUGGCGUUCAAUGGAUUAACAUGGACGCCUCGCCACACGCCAAUUGGGCGUGUCCUCAGUUUGUACACUUAGAAAGGGAAGGAAAAGACACUGUUACCCGGGUGAACGAAUUUCACGAUAAAAUUGUGAAAGACGUAGUGGACUUGAGACUAGAGUGAUAUGCGGCUUUGACGAGUUAAAUAUUAUUAGACGUUAUAUGUAGUCGUGAACGUCCAGUGCAUAAUAAUAAUGCGACUAUUGCAUUUUAUUUUCUUCUGUAUACAUUAUUGUUCCAAUCCGUUACUCAAAACUCAAAAAUUUGUACUAAGAAAAUAAUAAAUUAUGAAACCCUUUCAUACUACAUGAAACAACAAAUAGGUAUAUAAGAGACUGGAAUAUAAUAUAAAUAAAAUUAUACACCUCA